AUGCUAAAAGGCCUAUCAAAUAUUCAUGAGGGGGGUAUUAUCCACCGUGAUUUUCAUAGUGGAAAUAUUUUGACAGAUAAAAAUAGAGAAGUUGCCAUAGGUGAUUUAGGAUUAAGUAAAUCGGCUGCUGAAGGUGAAGAUGACGAAAUAUAUGGAAUAAUUCCUUAUGUGGCCCCAGAGGUACUUCAAGGGCAAAAAUAUACAGAAGCAUCAGAUAUUUAUAGUUUUGGUAUGAUUAUGUGGGAAUAUAUGACAGGCAGAAGACCUUUUUGGGAUCGUGCUCAUGAUACUGAGCUGAUUAUUGAUAUUUGUGAUGGCUUACGUCCUCCAACAAUUGAUAUUGUAGCACCUGAAGGUUAUAUUGAGUUGAUGAAAGAAUGCUGGGAUCCUGAUCAAAAGCCAAUCUAUGGUUUUAUAUCAAUGGUUGAGGUCCCAAAUUGA